UGCAAAUAUAAUGGAAGAUGGGGUGGAUUCAUCCAGGGGUGUAACUAACGCCUCUUCAUCAAACACUGAGAUUUCUCCGUCUGAAGAAAAUUUAGAUCUUGAGUUAGAGGAUGCAGAGGUAAGGAAAGAUAAAAGAAUCAAAGGUGAAGUCACUCAGAACAAUCCCCCUCAGAAUAAUUAUUCACCUUUUAAUCUCAAUUCCUCAAACACCCAAAAUAACCCUAUCUUUCAAAGUGUUGGUAACAGAGCUGAAGAUUCGAUCGAUUACGGUGACCUUCCCACUGAACACAGGAUGGAAUACCAACUCAACCCAAUCAAUGAUAAUCGCUCAAUGGCAGUUGAUAGCGCAGAAUCUGAACAUAAUGGAACAGCUGCACAAAAUCACUAUGGAAAUGCUGCAUCUUUUACUCAGGUCAAUACAAUGGGUGCAAAAUCCAACCAGUAGUGACUAAAUACGCGGAGGAAGCUGAAAGCCUUGCAGUUUGGGAGGCAAUUAAAUGGGCCAAGAAUAGAAACUUAGAGAAUAUCUUCAUCUUAAGUGAUUCUAGUAAUUGCUUUUCAAUUUGUUGAAUUUCAAAAUAUUUCUAGAAACUUUAAUGGGUCUGCUGACAUUGCGCCAAAUAUUGUAAGAGGAACAGAGUGAUGGGUGAAUGGUUGAGCAGUCAACCUCUCUUUAUCUCUCAAUCUUUUGUACUCUGAAUAUUUUUAAUGAAAGUUCUUUUCUAGCAAGAAAAAAAAAAAGAAAAAGAAAAAGAAAUGCCACUUA